UGCCAUGUAUUUGUGGAGAGGGAGCGAGAAAACCGUGUAUACACUUGGGUCAGGAAAGUUAUCAAAAAUCAUUUACACUGUGCGAUUGGGCAUUUCUUUCUCAAUGAUUUCAUUGCAAGAGACGUGUUGGGAUCUCCUGUGCACUGGAACAGCUCUGCUGGGUGGGAUGAGACGAGAAUUGAGAGAGGGAUCAACUCCGGUCCCGCAAUUUCACAUUCAGUCGUCAUCUGUCCUCUGGUGGGAGCGCAAAGCUUAAAGAGAGAGAGUGGUAUCAAAGUUCAGUGAUUUUGGCUACAGCAGCCAUUCCCAAAGCGUCGCGUUAAUUUAAUAAUGUUCUGUGAAAAUCUAUAAGAAUUUGUCGUGUGUAGAAUCUAAAGUAAUUUCGCAACUGAACCAAGAGCGUUAAAUCAACUUUUUAAGAUCAAAACCCGAGCCUACCAGAAUGCCCACGAGGAAUGAUGUGGAAACAGAGCAACAACUCUAUGGACUACCACUGCUCCUGCACACGCUGGUGAUUCGUCUCGCCGCCACGCUCCUUGGGCAGUUUCUACUGCACUUGUCGGAUCGCGUGCUGUGGACGGUGGAGAAUCUGACCUACUGGUCAAUUCCACCCCAACGACUGGCUGAAUUCGCGAAUGCACCUCAAACGCCACUUGUGCGUCCGCUUUCGUGGUGGCUUUUCCUGCCGGGUCUCUUGUGCCUGCGAUUUAUUCGCAAAAGCUGCAGUGUUGCUCUGUGGUUUGUCGGAAUUGAGCCUGUGACCCCCGUCUCGAUGGUCUGCUAUGUGCAAGUGCAGAGAAAGAAGAUCCAGUCGAUAAAGCAAGCCGGAGCGAAAGUGAUAAGGAAACGUCGUGAGGAAUCAGCAAAGCGCCCCGGUCUUAUUCGCGCCAUUUGGUACAAGUUGCAGCAAAUCUGCUGUCUCGAGUACAUCUUCACUGAGAAUGGGGAGGUUAAAGUGCUGGAACCAAAGAAUCCAGAGGCCAGUGAGAGUGAGGAGAGCUCCGAGGAAGAGACUGAGCUAACUUUUGCUGAAUUGUUGGAGAAGUAUGCAAGCAUGGAGUGUGAAGAAAAUGAUCCUGACUACAUGCCUGAGGAGGAGGAAUCAAGCGAAUCGUCCGAGGAGAGUGGUGGGGAUGAAGGUGAUAUGAUGUUUGGAGAAGACGAUGAUACACGCAAAGUGCUCAACAGAUCCUUCGUGUGCGAACCACGCCAAACCUACACUCGAGGAGAUACGCCGCCACUGAAGGGAUUCUCCAACUCGCUCCAUCCGGGCAAUAUUCCUCAUCAGGACACAACAGUGCACAACGGCACUCCUGUGGACAGGCGAAAAGGAUCAGUGCAGAAGAAAAACAAUCAGAAAUAUCGUGGUGGUGGAACUAAUCGUAUGAAUAUCAAACAGAACAACUAUGUUCGCAAAAAUCCAGUUAUUACUGUUUCUGAUACAAAUAAUGCUGGCGGAAAUUUCUUCAAUACAAUCGAUGGUAGCGAAACUCUGCUACAACUUCGGCGUUUCCUGGAACUGGUAGCUCACCAAAAGCCACUUCACCCAAAGAAGUAAAGGCGAAAGAGUCAGACAGGAAUCGCGAAAUAUUCUAAUGAUGAGUGUUCCAAUGAUGUAAAGUGUAAAGAGAAAAGUACUGUGUAAUAAAUUUCUGGCAUGCUUUUGGAGAUGUA